AUGUAUAAUAUCCAAGAAAUAGUUGACGAGAAUACGUUAGAAUAUGAUUGUUUGGAUUAUUAUGUUUAUGACCGAACAAAAUUAGCUAAUCAAGAUUUAUACGAUGUUAUUGAUGAAGUUAUAUCAUUUUGUAUUCGUCCAACACAUCUAUCUAAUGAUCCAAUGGAUACAUUUGUUCAUCCACUUGCACAUCAAUUAUCGUUUGAAGAUAUCAAUUUGAUGAGUAUUACUCCAGAGCAACUUCUUUCAUGGUCAAUUCCAAAGAUAAUAAUUGACGACUAUCAACGUUAUUUAAUGAACUCGGAAACUGUAUCAUUGAAUAAUUAUUUCUAUAAUUGUACUUUUCCACAGUUCGGUUUUCGAUGUCAAUAUUCAUUUGAAUCUCGUUACAAACAAGGAAUGUCAUUUAAUGAUAUUGUUAAUGCAACGUUUCAAAGCAAACAAUCUUACUCGGAAUCACAAGAGGGAACAAUGAUGCGAGCACCACUACCCUGUUAUGUUCUAAUUGAAUGUCAUCGUAAUGGAAUAGAAUGGUGUCUUGAUUGGCGUGAAAUUUGUGACGGAAUUGUGGAUUGUUUUGAUGAAAGUAGUGAUGAAGAAUAUUGUUUUCUGAUGGAAAUUAAUGAAUGCAAAGAAGAUGAAUAUCGAUGUCAUAAUGGAAUAUGUAUUGCAGAAGAUUUGUGGAAUGAUGGUGAAGGUGAAGCAGAUUGUCUUGAUCGAUCUGAUGAAAUUUUAUUUGCUUCGUAUUUGGAGAUGUGUUAUCAAGAUGUGUCAUUUCGAUGUGAAGAACAUUCAUGUCGACCAGAUGGUGAAACAUUUUCAUGUGGCGAUGGUCAAUGUGUGACAAGAUAUGAAUAUUGUCAUAGUGGUCGACAUCAAUUAUUGAUCGACUCAAUGAUGCAAAAAGGUGAUCUAAAAAAAGAAUGUUGGAUAACGAUGAUUUGUUUAACUAAACUUGUCAAAGAAAUUAAUGGAACAUCAUGUCAUCUAUGGUUGAUGAAUGCUUUUCCUAAUCAAUAUCUCCUACAAUGUCCUUCUUUCUUUCAGUUUCCAACUGUUCCCGUUUAUUCGGAUUAUGUCCAAUUUUUUUAUGAAAAUAUUUCCUUGCAAAGCAAUCUGACCAAUGAUUUUGCCCCUGAUUAUAUAUGUUAUACUACAAAACGAUGCGAAUUUCAUCGAAAUGAUUCAAUUUACGGUGAUCUUGUUUGUAUAAAGGAAGCGGAUCCAUUCUUGAGACGGAAUAAUACUGCUAAAAAUCCUUGGAGUAAACUAAUACGAUCUAUUGAGCAAACUUUUCGUCGCUGUUUAGUAUCAAACAAUCUUAUUCGAGGCAAAACGACAUAUUUAAAUUACACAACACUUUAUCAGUGUUCAAACUCGUUAAAAAUGAUUUCUUUACAUCGUAUCAAAGAUGGAAUAGUAGACUGUAUCGAUGGAGAUGAUGAAAACUUUUUCAAUAGUUGUCAAAUCAAUUAUCAACGUAGAAUCAAAUGUGGUGGAGCAGAGGAAUGUUGGUCACCAAUACAGAAAGAACACGCUUGUCGAUCGAGUUCUGAACAAAGUAAAGAAAUUCUUCCAUUUCAAAGUUUUUGUGAUGGUAUCUCACAUUAUUUUUAUCACAAUUUAAAAAGAGAAAUGCAAGUCGAAGAAGAUGAAUGUGAUAUGAAUAAGUUAUGUGAUAAUAUGUAUUCCCGUUGUGAUGGCUUUUGGGCAUGUCCAGACGGACGAGAUGAAUGGAACUGUACUCAAUCCAUAUGUCCAGCAACAAGUCAUCCAUGUAUAUCUCCUUAUAAUUAUACAAUAUCUUGUUUAAAUUAUACUCGCGUUAAUGAUGGAAAUGAUGAUUGUCUUGGAGCAACAGAUGAACCAGAAUAUUGUCAUCUCAUGUUUAACUCGCAUCGGUUCCUUCUUCGUUUUCGAUGUUUAAACGGUACAGAAUGUUUAUCAUCAUCUGUAUUAUGUGAUGAACAUGUUGAUUGUCCGCAUUUGAGAGAUGAUGAAGAAUUUUGUAAACAUCAUUCAUUUAGUUGUCAAUACAAGAACAUAUCAUAUCAACGAAAUCAAAUUGAACAAAUCUUAUGUGGAUUAAAUGAAAAUAUUCAACAUCAUAUAAAAUUCUUUUCAGUUAUUACUUCAUCGCCUUAUCCGAUUUCGAUAAAAUUAUCCAAUCACAAUGAUCAAAUUGAUUCUUUAAAAAUAAAUAAAGAAAAAGAAGAUGAUUCUAUUGAUAUAAAAAAGAAUCUAAUAUACUCAAAAGAAGAUCAACAAUGGUCUCACUAUUGUAAUCGUGGAAUAAUGAUUAAAAAAGAGACUAAUAAUAAAAGUUCAUAUGAAUGUUUAUGUUCAUCAAGUUAUUAUGGUCAAUUUUGUCAAUAUGAAAAUCAACGAAUAAGUUUAUCAUUGAAAUUAAGUUCAAUAAAUCGUUAUGAAAUUUAUGAAAUUCUUAUUUUAUUACUUAAUGAUAAACAAAAUCAAAUAAUAACAUAUUCACAAUUUCAAUAUAUUCCAAAAGAAAGUUGUACAACAAAAUUUAAUCGAAUACUUUUAUAUUCAAUCAGACCAAAGAAUAAUUUCUUAAAUUAUACUAUUCGAAUUGAUAUUAUUGAAAAAAAUUCAAUGAUUUAUAUUGGACAUUGGUUUUAUUCAAUUCCAUUUCUAUUUUUACCUGUAAAUCGUAUGAGUAUUGCAUUAAAUUUAUCAUCAAAUCUUAUUCAAACAAGAAAAUGUCUAAAUAAAUGUUUAAAUAAACAACAAGAAUGUAUGGAAUAUGUUAAUAAAUAUGAUCAAACAUUUUGUCGAUGGAAAAAUUCCGAAUUCAUUAAACAUAAAUGUCAAAAAGAUUCAAUAUUUAUUGGUUUUACAGAAAAGAAUCAUUCAAUUUGUGUAUUAUCAUUGAUAACAUCAAAUUGUUUAAUAAAUCCUUGUCAAAAUCAAGGAAAAUGUAUUAAAAAAGAUCAAAAUUUAUUUCAUGAAAAAAAUUAUACAUGUAUUUGUAUUGAUGAAAGAUAUUAUGGAACAAAUUGUCAAUAUAAAAAAUGGCAAUUAGAUGUAUCAUUUAUUGAUAUUAAUAUUCCAAAAUAUAUCAUUGCACAUUUCUUUACAACAUCAAAUGAUUCUGAACCACAAAGAACAAUUCUUCUACGAAAAUUCUCACUUUUUCAACAUAGUGUUUCAUUUCAUAUAUCAAUUCCGUAUCAUUUAGUAUUUAUUCAAACGAAUAAAAAUCAAUAUUAUCUUAUAUAUCUUCAACAUUUAUCAUCAUCAAUGUAUACAUCAACACAAGUAACAUCUAAACAAGAAUGUUAUUUUAUUGAACAAUAUGUUAAUUCAACAGUAUUAAAUUUACAUAAAUAUGAAAGAAUUGUUCAUUUUCAUCGAAUUUGUUUAGAAAAUUGGAAUUUAAUUUGUUUUAUUGAUGAAAUGUAUUUAUGUUUAUGUACAAAAGAUCAUCAUGCAAAUUGUUUACCAUUUCAUCAAGAAAAUUCCUUUCAAUGUUCAUUAAAUGAUGAUCAAUAUUGUUUAAAUCAAGGUCAAUGUUAUCAAGAUCAUUCAUAUUGUCCAUCAACAAAAAUUUGUUUAUGUACAAAUUGUUUUUUUGGUCAGCAAUGUCAAUUUUAUACAAAAGGUCUUGGUUCAACAUUAGAUGAAAUUUUAGGAUAUGAAUUUCUUAGGAAUAAAAAUCUUUUCUCGCAAUCAUUUUCUAUUCAAUUUAGUGCUGGAUUAACAAUAUUAUUAUUUUUUAUUGGAAUAAUUAAUGGAAUAUUAUCAAUGAUGACAUUUACACAAAAGAAAGCACGUGAAGUUGGUUGUGGAUUAUAUUUAUUCUCAUCAUCAAUUACAUCAUUAAUAACAAUAACAUUAUUUACAAUGAAAUUUUGUUUACUUUAUUUAUCUUAUCAAAACCUAUCAAAUCUUCAAAUAAUUUUAACACUUAAUUGUCGAUUUAUUGAAAUCUUAUUAAAAUUAUUUUUAUUUAUUGAUAAUUGGUUAAAUACUUGUGUUGCUAUUGAAAGAACUUAUUCAGUUACACAAGGUUUAUUAUUUAAUAAAAGAAAAAGUAGAAAAAUUGCCAAACAAAUUAUUAUUCCGUGUAUAUUUAUUGGAAAUAUUAUACUUCUUGUUCCACAUAUAAUUUAUCUUCAUAUAUUUGAAGAUCAAAUUGAAGGUAGAACAUGGUGUGUUAUUUAUUAUAAAACAUGGUUAAAAUUCUAUACAAUAGUAAUGAUAUUUCUUAAUUAUUUUGUUCCUUUAAUUAUUCAAAUAAGUUCAACAAUAAUAAUUAUUAUCGUUACAGCUCGUCAACGAUCAAUAUCACAAGUAGAUGUACGUUUUUGGAAUCAUUUAAGAAGAAAAAUUCGAAAAUAUAAACAAUUAUUAAUAAGUCCAAUGAUAAUUAUUUUAUUAACAUUACCUCAUUUAAUUGUAACAGUGAUAUUAGAUUGUAAUAAAUCAUCGAGAUUAUUUUGGUUUUUUCUUCUGAGUUAUUUUUCAUCAUUUAUUCCAGCUACAUUUGUUUUUACCAUAUUUGUUAUUCCAUCUCCACUUUAUCGAAAACAAUUUAAACAAUGUAUUAGACAUAUACAAAGAAGAUUCAAAAGAUAUUAA